AUGCUUCUACUGCGUGGAAGAAGUUUUCGUUCACAGUCACCAAUUCAACGUCCGCUAACACAACGGACAAUCGCUCGUUUGCAUCGAGGGUUGACCCGGACGAGCGUGACUUUAGCUUUUCUCGGCCUUGGAGGAUGGACGGCAUUCGAGACCUCCGAUUCGUUCCAGCAUUUCGUGCACGCCGUACGGCGUUGCAGUAUUAUUGGGGAAGCAGUUAUCUGUGAUGUAAUUGACUACAAGCAUACUCUUCAAGCAGACUUUGCCACGGAGGAAGAAAAGCUGAAUGCACAAUCUCGUUGUCACAAGAGAAGCGCCGAGAGGAUAUUGGAAGCCCUCAAGAUUAACGGAGGCCAUGGGAUUGUCCAGGGCCAGCAUAUUUCUUCUGUUAAUUUACUACCAAUAGAAUGGACUUCUACCAUGAAACCGCUACAAGAUCAGUGCUUCCCAACUCCAUACGAAGAUGUCGCCGCCUUAUUCAAGGAGGAGACCGGGCAAGAAUUGGAGGAAGUAUUUUCAUGGUUCUCUCGAGAACCCAUCGGGGUGGCGUCUUUAGCUCAGGUUCAUACUGCCAUUGAUCGAAACACUGGCCGUAAAGUUGCUGUCAAGAUCCAGCACCCUCGACUAGAAGAAUGGGUACAUAUCGACAUGGCCGCAACUACUGUCGCUCUGGCAUGGGUAAAGCGCGUAUUUCCUGAAUUCGAGUUUAGUUGGCUUGGAGAGGAGGUUCGAACGAACCUUCCUUUGGAGCUCAACUUUCUCCAGGAAGCUGACAACACUUCCCGGGUCAAGGCCAACUUCGCUGAUGUAAAGCAUACCUCACUGUACAUCCCGGAGGUACUCUCUGCAACCAAGAGAACUCUAGUGAUGGAGUUUAUAUCCGGCGCGCGCGUCGACGAUUUAGACUAUCUUGCUCGCCAUAAAAUCGAUAGAAAUCAAGUUUCACAGGAACUAUCAAGGAUAUUUUCAACUAUGGUUUACCUUCAUGGUUUCUUUCAUGCCGAUCCGCAUGCCGGGAACCUCUUAAUUCGGCCCAAGCCUGUCCGUUCUCGGAGCCCAUAUAAUUUUGAGAUUGCUCUCCUAGAUCAUGGAUUAUAUUUUGAUGUUGAUGAUGAACUGCGGAUAAAUUAUGCGAAACUUUGGCUGUCACUAAUCACACCAGGAGGGAAGGAAGAUCGAAGGAAAUACGCACAACUUGUUGCAAACAUAGGCCCCGAUCUCUAUCCGAUAUUCGAAAGCUCUAUAACCGGGAGGCCGGGGCUGGAAGGCACAUGGGAGGAUGCCCCGGAGGGAGUAUCUGCAAGACCCAGGAGUAUGCUUGAGUUAUCAACACAAUCUGAAGAGGAGUUGGAGCGGAUGCGCGGUGCUGUCCUUGAGAGAGAAGGAUUGCUCGUGUCAGUGUUUUCAAUGCUUCGAGUCGUCCCCCGAGCAGUAUUGAUGCUAUUCAAGAUGAAUGACCUCCUGAGAAAUUUGGACGCCGAGCUCAAGACAACUCAUGACUCAACCCGAGUCUUUUUGAUAGUUGCGAGAUACUGCAGUUCAGCAGUUUGGCGUGAUGAUUGUCGUGGCUUCUUCACUCGCUGGAGAGAUUUAGGGGCCUCCAUCUCGCUAUUCACUGGCUUGGUCAGAAGGUGGUUUGCCUACCAUCUUAUAUAUGACGGGCUACGAAUAAUAGAAUGGGAAAUGGAUUUUGUCGCCCGAGUGGUCAGGUGGAAACACUGGUUCCGGGGACUUCGUGGUGGUCUUCCAUCUGCAAAUGCGGCAGCGGCGGGCUUAGGUUAG